AUGGAACAUGAGGCUACCCAGCUAGAAAAGCAGCAUGUGCAUAGUGUAUAUGAAAAUACAGCUGCCUACUUUAAUGAUCUGCAGAGCAAAGUGUGGCCUCGUGUCCGUCACUUUCUGCUGGAGCAGAAGCCGGGCAGUCUCGUUGCAGACAUAGGUUGUGGAACUGGAAAAUAUCUCAGUGUCAACAGUCAGGUGUAUACUCUUGGCUGUGAUUACUGUGGACCAUUGGUAGAGAUUGCAAGGAGGAAAGGUGAUGAAGUUCUGGUAUGUGACAACCUUAACCUUCCCUUUAGGGAUCAGUGCUUCAAUGCAGUCAUUUCCAUUGGAGUGAUCCAUCAUUUCUCAACUAAACAAAGAAGAAUCAGAGCAAUAAAGGAAAUGGCGAGGGUACUGAUGCCCGGAGGCCAGAUGAUGAUUUAUGUUUGGGCUAUGGAACAGAAGAAUCGCCGCUUUGAGAAACAAGAUGUAUUUGUUCCUUGGAACAAGGCCUUGUGCUCACGGCAUUUUUCAGAAUCGAAUCAAUCCGAAGAUAAGGGUGAGUUUGUGCAAACUGUAAAAAGCCAGGAGAUACACCCUGCACAGCUAGUCAUCUCUGACUGCAGCUGUCCAGCCAAACUGCAGUCAGAUACAGAUUCAAAGCAUUCCCGCAAUAUGGACCAUUGCCUGUCCAGAGCCUGCUGCAUGAAAAUUUCUGAAGAUGAAAACAGAUUUUACAGUGCUCUAGGAAGAUCUUUCCGUUCAUGGUUUUCCUCCAGAUCCUUGGAUGAAUCAGCCCUGAGAAAGCAAUCUGAGAAGAUGAAGCCUCUGAAGAAUGAAGGAGAAUGGACAAACAGUGCCAUAUCUAUUCAGCAUUCAAGACACUGCAGUUUGGAGUUAGGUCUUCAUGGGGCACUUUUAAAAGAACAAAGUUUAGAUGAUGAUGACGUGUUUGUCGAAAACCUGCCUGUCAAAAAAACAGGGUGGUCACCAGCCACAGAUGCAGUGAAGGAUUUAAAUCUAAAUGGAGGACACGAAAGUGUAAUUCAGAGCAAAAGUGAAGAAACUUCAUUUGUGAGUGGCCCAGUGGAAGACAGCGACUACAGCUGCAGUUAUAACAAAGAUGAUGCUGGUAAGUCUAAUGCCAGCAAAUUUUUCAAAAGAACUUCAACAACUGACUCCACUGAUUCUGCUUUGGAUUCAGCAGUGUCUGUUGGGGACCAAACUGCUGACACACUAGAUACAAAAGCCUUCAUGCGUUAUUACCAUGUUUUUCGGGAAGGGGAGUUGUGCUCUCUGGUAGAGGAGAAUAUGCCUGAGCUUCAGAUACUUUCUUCCUGCUAUGAUCAUGGAAACUGGUGCAUUAUUGCAGAGAAAAAAGGGAAAUAG